UUCCCCCUGCGUGUCUGUGUCCCUGCGUCUCUUCCUGCCUCAGCCCCUGCCGCGCCUCUCGCUGGAGUCGGCCCGUGUCCCCCCGCGGGGAGCCCCGGCGUUUCCGAGGUUCUGUGCGGCACAGGGACUCAGGAGCUUGCGCCGUUCCCGCCCGGCGCGUGUGGCUGGCUGCCCUGCGGGUCCCUGGCCCUCUCCGCCCGAGCCGAGUGGCCCGUCCCUCCGGGCGUGGAGUCUAGGUCCCUGUCUCCCUCCGGGUGUCUGUUUGGCGGGGAGGGGUUUGUUUCCACAGUAACCCGCUCCUCCGACUCCGGGAUUGGGGAGGGAACCCUUCGAUUUCGUGACCCCUCCCCCCUCCGCCGCCGGGGACUGGGCGGAGGCGGGAGCCGAGGCGCUCGGACCGUCGAGGGCCGCCCCGGGCCGAGUGGUUAGUGGUCACCUGCUUCUCUCCGGGGAUAAUGGCGGUGGCAGGAGUAGGAUUCGGGCCUCAGGAGGGGCCGAAAGUUGGAUUUGGGGCCCCGAGGCUUUGGACGCUCCUGUCCAGAGUCUGGGCCCCUGUGUCUGUCUGGGAGGAGGAGGAGGAUGGUGCUACCUUUACAGUCACAAGUCGCCAGUAUCAGCCUCUUGAUCCCUUGGCCCCAAGGCCUCCUCCGCGUUCCUCCCGGAAACUCCGAGCUGGCACCCUGGAGGCCCUGGUCAGACACCUGCUGGACGCCUGUACCUCAGGGGCUGACAUGACCUUCACAGCAGCCUUCCUGGCCACUCACCGGGCCUUCACCUCCACGCCUGCCUUGCUAGGGCUUAUGGCUGACAGGCUGGAAGCUCUUGAAUCUCAUCCCGCUGAUGAGCUAGAGAGGACAAAAGGGGUAGCCAUCUCUGUACUGUCAACCUGGUUGGCCUCUCACCCUGAGGAUUUUGGCUCUGAGGUCAAGGGUCAGCUUGACCGGCUUGAGAGCUUCUUUCUUCGGACAGGGUAUGCAGCAAGGGAGGGUAUUGGGGGGGGCGGCGCUGACCUCAUCCGCAACCUCCGGUCCCGGGUGGACCCCCAGACCCCCGAACUUCCUAAGCCCCUGGCCCUCCCCGGCGAUCCCCCUGCUGACCCCACGGAUGUCCUGGUGUACCUCGCUGACCACUUGGCCGAACAGCUGACCCUGCUAGAUGCGGAGCUGUUUCUCAAUCUGGUCCCCUCUCAGUGCCUGGGGGGCCUGUGGGGUCACAGAGACCGGCCAGGACAUUCUCACCUCUGCCCAUCUGUCCGGGCGACUGUCACACAGUUCAAUAAGGUGGCAGGGGCAGUGGUCAGCUCUGUCCUGGGGGCUACCUCAACCGGAGAAGGGCUUGGAGAGGUGACCGUACGGCCACUUCGUCCUCCCCAGAGGGCCCGGCUCUUGGAGAAGUGGAUCCGCGUGGCAGAGGAGUGCCGUCUGCUCCGAAAUUUUUCUUCAAUGUAUGCUGUGGUAUCAGCCCUGCAAUCCAGCCCCAUCCACAGGCUUCGGGCAGCCUGGGGGGAAGCAACCAGGGACAGCCUCAGAGUCUUCUCCAGCCUUUGCCAGAUUUUCUCUGAGGAGGAUAACUAUUCCCAGAGCCGGGAGCUCCUGCUGCAGGAGGUGAAGCUGCAGCCCUCUCUGGAGCCAAAUUCCAAGAAGUCCCCGAGGUCUACCUCCCGGGGUGGGGGUGUGGUCCCAUACCUUGGCACCUUCUUAAAAGACCUCGUAAUGCUGGACGCGGCCUCUAAGGAUGAGCUGGAGAAUGGAUACAUCAAUUUUGACAAGCGGAGGAAGGAAUUUGCUGUCCUGUCUGAGCUGCGGCGGCUCCAGAACGAAUGUCGUGGCUAUGACCUCCGACCUGACCCCGAUAUCCAGCGGUGGCUACAGGGGCUCCGGCCACUGACAGAGGCACAGAGCCAUCGCGUGUCCUGUGAGGUGGAGACGCCUGGUAGCGGUGACCCGCCUGCCCCGCGGGUGCUUCGGCCGACACUGGUCAUCUCGCAGUGGACAGAGGUGCUGGGUUCUGUUGGGGGUCCCACCCCGCUUGUCUCUUGGGACCGGCCCAGUGUGGGGGCAGAGGAGGUGCCUGGAACCCCCGCCCCACUGCUGACCCGGCUGGCCCAGCACAUGAAGUGGCCGUCUGUCUCAUCUCUGGACUCCGCCCUGGAAAGCACCCCAGCCCUGCAGAGUCCAGCUGACCCCAGCCACCUCUCUCCCCCAACUUCCUCCCCACGGCCUUCUCGAGGUCACCGCCGCUCAGCCUCCUGUGGUUCCCCACUCAGUGGGGGUGCAGAAGGGGCCUCCAGGGGACCUGGCUGUGGGGGAGGGGCGCCUGGGCCAGGGGCCUCUGAUUGCCGAAUCAUCCGAGUCCAGAUGGAGCUGGGGGAAGACGGCAGUGUCUAUAAGAGCAUCUUGGUGACAAGUCAGGACAAGGCUCCAAGUGUCAUCAGUCGUGUCCUCAAGAAAAACAAUCGUGAUUCUGCGGUAGCUUCGGAGUACGAGCUAGUGCAGCUGCUCCCAGGGGAGCGAGAGCUGACCAUCCCCGCCUCGGCCAACGUCUUCUACGCCAUGGACGGAGCCUCACAUGAUUUCCUCCUGCGGCGGCGGCGGCCCUCCAGUGCUCCAGUGGGCCUCGCCAGUGGCCCUUCUGCCUCGGGAACUCCCCCGAGCGAGGGAGGAGGGGGUUCCUUUCCCAGGAUCAAGGCCACAGGGAGGAAGAUUGCCCGGGCACUGUUCUGAGGAGGAAGCCUUGGUGGUUCAUAGAAUUCAUGGUGGCCAUUCCAAAUGUGGGGAGCCAUCCUGAAUGGUGGCAGUUGCCACAUAGGGAAAAUAUCCAGAAGGGUGGCCAGCCACCCUGGGGCAGUGAAGCACCACUGGUUCAGCAGACAGCCGACUCAGCCCGUGAAACUGGUGAUCUUGGUGCCUGAGCGGGAUACCUCUGAAUAGCUUCUCACCUGCCGUGAAUGCAGCACACAGCUAGUACUGGGGAAAAGAUCUGGUUUUGAUUCCUGGCCACAUCCUAGCAUGCGAAGGGCCAAGGAAAGGCCUGGAAGGAGGAGGAGAGGAAAAGCCUAGAGGCUCUGAGUCCCAGGGGAAGGGAAUGGCAAGAAAAAGUCUUUCGCAGGAGCCUCCUCUUCCUUCUCUGGAGGUUCCUGUCACUGUGACAACACUAAUAAACCAAAACACUACCUGAACUCUA